UUAUUUAAAUAUUGCUUAAAUAUGCGUCAGUGACAGUGUUUAUUAUGAUAUCAAUGUUUUAUCGCGUUUUUCUAUAAAUUUUUAGUUUUAUUUAUAAUUCACGAUGGAAAAAUCUGGAACCUCAUUUCUGUACAAAUUAUUACCUAUUUUAUUAUUUGGAUUAUCUAUACCAUUAUCAAUGCUAUUAUGGAUAGGAAAUAUAUCUUAUGCAGCUAUUACAAAUAAUUCAGAAGGGUUGUACCAAUUUUCAGUAAUUCCUCCGACUCGCUGGCUAGUGGCUACUUUGGGACCUAUGUUUUUUAUCGCUUAUGGUUUGAAGCAAAAAAGUAUAGAUUAUUCUGGAGCACUUUUGGGAUUUGUAACUGGGUUCUUAUUAGCAUUGAGCAAUUAUAUAUUUUUCACUUGCCUUAUUGCAUUUUUUGUCUCUUCUUCGAGAGCAACUAAAUUUCGACAGCAUUUAAAGUCAAAAAUUGAAGAUGAUUUUAAAGAAGGUGGACAAAGGAAUUGGAUACAAGUACUGUGUAAUGGUGGAAUGGUCACACAAUUGAGUAUAUUGUUUAUUCUUGACUGUGGAUGCGAAGAGCGACCCAUAAACUUUGCAACUGAUUACAGGGGCUCUUGGUUAUCCAUUGCAGUAUUAGGAGCAUUUGCUUGCUGUAAUGGAGACACAUGGGCUAGUGAAUUGGGAACUGUGAUAGGAAAAUCCGAACCGAGGUUAAUCACCACCUUGAAAAAAGUUCCUAGAGGUACAAAUGGUGGAAUCUCUGUAGUAGGUUUAUUUGUAAGUUUUCUAGGCGGAUUAUUAAUAGGCCUUAGUCAAUUUUGUGCAACUAUACUUUUUGUUGAUUCAAACAUUUUGGCAAAUAGCCCUCCACAAUGGCCACUUAUUUUAUAUGGGGGUUUUGGAGGUUUAUUUGGAUCUAUUAUAGAUUCCCUUUUGGGAGCUACAUUGCAAUAUUCAGGUAAAAGCUUAAGAGGGAAAAUUGUUGAAGUCCCAGGUGCAAAUGUAAAACAUAUCAGUGGGAGACGAAUUUUAGAUAAUCACAGUGUCAAUCUUCUCUCUAGUAUAAUUACAGCUCUCAUUCUACCAGUUUUAGUGAAUGCAGUUCAUAAUUUUUGAAUAAUUUUAAUAAAUAGAUUAAUGUAAAAGUAAUAAGAUUACUGUGAUGCAUUUUAAAGUUGUCAUUGCUCUUUAUAAACCAUGUAUUAAUUUGGAAUGUUAUGUUACAUAAA